GCCUUCGUUCGUCCCGUCAAUAUCAGAGCUGUAUAAGUUUUAGGCGGUGUGUCAGAGAAAUCGGCGCACUUUUAAACAUGACGAAGUUUGAAGACAUUUUGCUGGAUAUUGGCCAGGUAGGCUGGUACCAGUUCACCCUGGUGUUGGUCAUCACUCUUGGUUGGGAGAUGGUCACCGCUUGGUCCAUGUUGAACUUAGUCUUCGUUGGAGCAGAUCCAGGCUGGUCAUGUCGGGACGAACUCGCUGGAAACAUCACAAUAAGUAAGGACAUUUUCGGCCAGAGCUCUGCGUCGUCUGUAUCACUGGGUGCUACUCAGGUGGCGCCACUGAACUGGACCUCUCCGAAUGCAACGACCAUCGGCUGUGGAGAAUGCACGUCGUAUCUUUUUAAUCAAGAUUUCACGUCUAUUGUCACUGAGUGGGAAUUGGUUUGCAGCAGGGACUUCAUCAGCGACACCAUAUCUUCCCUCCUCAUGGCAGGCGUUCUGAUCGGGUGUGUAGUAUUUGGGCAGCUGAGUGAUUUAUUUGGAAGGAAAAAGGCGUUCUUUGUAGCAGUCCUGUUGACCAGCAGUACAGGGUUGGGGCAAGCCUUCACAACAAGCUGGAUACAGUUCGCAGGGUUACGUUUUGCCAACGGAGUAGGAUGUGGAGGAGGGUUAGUGGCGGGCUACAUAUAUGGAAUCGAAUUUCUGGGACCUAAGUAUCGACAAAUGACAGUUGCCUUUGGUGUUUGGAGCAUUUCGGCCAUUGUUCUGGUGGGAUUUGCCUAUGCCAUCCGCGACUGGCGCCAUCUGAUGAUUGUAACUUCAACUCCUGGGUUUAUUGUGAUAUUCCUGUGGUGGUUCCUACCUGAAAGCCCAAGAUGGCUUUUCAGUCAAGGUCGCUAUGAGGAGGUCACAGCGAUUGUGAAGAGAAUUGCCAAGUUUAACAAAAAGCCACAACCAAAUAUGGAGAAAUUUAUUAAGGAGUAUGAGAAAGAAAAAGAGAUUCAAUCGCACAGUGAAAAAUACGGCUUCUGGGAUCUGUUCCGCACGCCAACUUUAACAAAACGAACAGCAAUGAUAAUGUAUGUCUGGUUCAGCAUGAGUCUGUUCAACUACGGGGCGACUUUUCACCUGAAAAACCUACCAGGCGACCGAUAUGUAAACUACUUAAUCAAUUUUGCUGUCCGAUAUCUCUCACCAUUUUCUAUGUUUUUCUUGCCUCGGUGGUUAGGAAGAAAGACGAUUGCGGUUGUAGCCUUAUUCUUUGCGACCGUGUGCAUCGUUCCUAUUAUGACGAUAUUCCUCCUAGGGUUAUUUGAUGAGCUGGCUAUCGUGGCAACUAUUUUGAUAACCUUGGCAACAACCAGUGUUGGGAUCGGAUGGCUGGCAAUGUAUGUGUUGACAUCAGAAUCAUACCCAACACAUAUAAGGAAUGUUGGUCUCGGGGUUGCAUCCAUGUCCGCACGAGCUGCGGGGAUUUUGGCGCCACAAUUGGCAUAUUUCAGUAAAUUUUGGGGAGCAGUGCCUUUUGUGAUCAGCGGGUUCUUUGCCCUCACUGCAGGAAUUAUUACCUGUUUCCAACACGAAACCAAAGGGAAGGCUCUCCCGGAGACGGUACCAGACAGAGAAUGGUGCUUCUGUCUAGGCAGGAAUAAAAUCGACGACAACAAGUAUAAAGACGAGGACGGUGUAUGGGUCACUCGACUUUGAACGAUUCAGUCAUUUUCUGGGCUGAGUUGGAAACGCACAUAUGUAGUGUCCAGAAGGCGUGUUUAGUAAGGGUUGUUCACGCUAUGCAUUUACAGUAUAGUCGUAUUUUCAGCAUCUUGUGGUUUCACUGCUUUUUUAAAUAACGUCAUUAAGUUAAGAUCCACGCAUGUUGAUUUUUUUUGGACAUUUUUUAAACUCGGGAUGAUCAUUCAGCAAUGAGAAACGAGUUUGAAACAGUGAUAUAAACCUGGUGUUCUGGAAUCAUUUGUUUUUUAUAUCAAAUCAAAUUGUAUCUUUUUAACCGUGUUUGAAGAAUAUGCAUAGAAGAAAAGGAUCUAUAAAUAUUUUGAUUUAUCCUGUGAGAAUGAACGCAUGUCACUUGAGAUUUUUGCAGGCGAGCACGUUGGCCUAGGAUCUAAAAAUAUUUUUGAUUUAUCCUGUGAGCAUGAAUGCAUGCCACUUGAGAUUUUUGCACGCAAGCACGUGGGACUGAAAAAAAAAACGUUUUUACUUCAAAUAACUUGACGGUGAAAUUAUUUCUAGCGAUAUUGAUUAACUUGAUAUUAUAAACAAACUUAUUAUUGGUUCAAAUUUUGUACACAUCAAAAGGAAGUAAAAUACUUC